AAUUGUUUUUUUUUUCUUUUUAUUUCUAUCACUAUAAAUACACAUCUAUUUUUAUUUAUUUGUUUAUUUAUUCAUUUUUAUUUAUACAUAUCUACAAUUAUAUUUUAUUUGUUUAUUUAUUUGUUUGUUUAUUUAUUUAUUUGUUUAUUUGUUUUUAAUCAAAUUUAAUUAAUACAAUGCCAAACGAAAAUCCAUAUGAUUUUGGCGUUUUAUCAGUCCCAGAUGAUUUGGAUAGAGAUAUAGAAAAAUUAAGAAAUAUUUUAUGGGAAUCAAUUAAAGAAUUAGAAGAAGAUGGCGAAGAAAUUAUUAAAAAAGCAUCAGAGUUAAUAUUAGAGACCCCACCCAGUGAAAGAACUAAAGAAUUUAUUGACCAAUAUACUCAUAAAAUAUCAUCGCUUUCAAAUGUAGAUUCAUUAAAGAUUUCAAGAAUUUUCUCCCAAUUUUUAAAUUUAAUUAAUGUUGCAGAACAACAUCAUUUAAUUCGUUCAGUUCGUAAUACAUUUUUAAAUGGUGAACAACUAAACUAUUCAUGCGAAGAAGUAUUUGAACAGCUACUUUCAAAAGGUUUAACACCUGAUCAAGUUUAUGAUGCCAUUUUAAAACAAAAUAUCGAAUUAGUAUUAACUGCUCACCCAACUCAAAUUAUGAGAAGAACUAUGAUUUCGAAAAACAAUGCAAUUGGUGAAGCUUUAGCUCUUAUCGAUAAUAAAACAUUAACAGGCUUUGAAAGAGAAGAUGCAAACAAAUCAUUAUUAAGAGAAAUUGGGGGCUCAUGGUUAACCGAUGAAAUUAGAAGAAGCAAAGUUACUGUUGAGAUGGAAGCCCAUGGUGGUUUUUCUGUUAUCGAACAAACUUUAUGGCAAGCUAUACCAAAAUUCAUAAAGAUUUUAGACCGUUGUUGUGAAAAAUAUUUAAAAAAGAAUUUACCACCCGCUUUUGUAAAUGUUAAAAUCGCAAGUUGGAUGGGUGGUGAUAGAGAUGGUAAUCCAAAUGUAAAUGCUGAAACCACUAAAAGCAUUUCAUAUUUCUCUCGUUGGAUCGCCUCCACUCUUUACUAUAAAGAAAUUGAUGCUCUCUUAUUCGAAUUAUCAAUGAUCAAAAAGAACAAGAAAUUAGAAGAAUACUCCAAGCAAUCAAUGGAAAGAAGACAAGGCAACAAACUAAGGUAUUUAACAACUCUUUAUAAAGAAUUUAAAGAAGGUAUUCCAAGCAGAGAAUGUUAUCGUAUUGUUUUAGCAGAGAUUAGAGAUAAAAUGUUAUUGACCAAAAGAAAAUAUGAGGACCUUAUUGCUGGUCUACCAGUCAACUAUGCCCCAGGAGAUACCUAUGAAUAUGCAUCCGAGGUUUUAGAACCACUUCAAAUUUGUUACGAUUCUUUAGUUGAAGUUGGUGCCGAAUCAGUGGCCAAUGGUCGUCUUUUAGAUAAUAUUAGACGUUUAAGUUGCUUUGGCUUAACACUUUCAAAGAUGGAUAUUCGUCAAGAAUCAAGUAGACACACCGAUGUAAUUGACUGUAUUACUCAAUAUCUUGGAUUGGGUAGCUAUAGAGAAUGGGAUGAAAAGAAGAAACAAGACUUUUUAAUUUUAGAAUUGGAAAACAAGAGACCAUUGAUUCCAGAUGAUUUACCAUGCUCACCUGAAGUUAAAGAGGUGCUAUCAACAUUUAAAAUGGCAGCUAAUCUUUCAGAUGAAUCAUUAGGGGCCUAUGUUAUUUCAAUGUGCCAAUCCCCAUCCGAUAUUCUUGCCGUUCAUCUUUUACAAAAAGAAGCAGGUAACAAACACCCACAAAGAGUUGUUCCAUUAUUUGAAACUGCUACCGAUCUUGACAAUGCACCCAAAACAAUGGAGGCCCUUUUCAAAUUACCAUGGUAUAUCAAAGCAAUCAGUGGAGAACAAGAAAUUAUGUUGGGUUAUAGUGAUAGCGCUAAAGAUGCAGGUCGUUUAACAUCUGCAUGGGAGUUAUACAAAGCUCAAGAAAUUUUAGCAAAUUUAUGUGAUAAAUUUAAUGUCAAAUUAACUCUUUUCCAUGGUCGUGGUGGUAGUAUUGGUCGUGGUGGUGGUUCAGCUCACGAAGGUAUUAUGUCCCAACCUGGUGGUUCACUUAGAGGCACCAUUAGAAUUACUGAACAAGGCGAAACUAUCAACUCUCAUUAUGGACAAUUGGGUGUUGCAUUACGUACUAUCGAACUUUAUACAACUGCUGUUCUUAAACAAACAUUAACUCCACCUCCACCACCAACCGAUAAAUGGAGAGAGAUAAUGGAACACCUUUCCAUGGCAUCAUGCAAAAAGUAUAGAUCAAUUACUAAAGAAAAUCCAAACUUUAUUAAAUAUUUCCGUACAUCAACAGUUCAACCAGAAAUGAUCCAUUUAAAUAUUGGCUCCCGUCCAUCUAAACGUGCAGCCCAAUUCUCAGUUGACUCAAUUAGAGCUAUUCCAUAUAUCUUCUCUUUUACACAGAAUAGAUUAAUCCUUCCAGUUUGGUUAGGUAUCGAAGAAGCCAUCAAAGAAGCCAAAUCUAAAAACUGGGAAGAUAAUUUAAGAACGAUGUACAAUGAAUGGCCAUUCUUUAGAACCCUUAUAGAUUUAGUUGAAAUGGUUCUCAUGAAGACUGAUCCACAAAUUGCCCAAAGAUACAACGAACUAUUGGUACCCUUUGAAAACCAAUCAUUGGGUGAAGAGUUGGUUAAAGAACUUCAAAUUACUAUUGAUGCUGUUCUUGGUCUCACUAAACAUAAAACUCUUCAAGAAGAUAAUCAAAUUCUUCAACACUUUGUAUCUAUUCGUCGUUCCUACAUGGAUGUAUGUAACUAUAUCCAAGCAGAAACCCUUAGACGUUUAAGAUCUUCUCAUGUCGAUUCCCAAGAUCCAUUAUUAGUUGAUACACUAAUCAUCACUUUUAAUGGUAUUUCAUCUGGUAUGAAAAAUACUGGUUAAUAAUUUAAAAAUAAAAUUAUAAUAAAAAUUAAAUAAAAAUAAAUCUAAUAAUAAUUUAUAAACAACAAUUAAU